UGAGUGGCAGCUCUCACAGGUUUCUAUUCUCUGAAGUGGCUGCAUAAGCCGGGCUCACUCCCCUUACUUCUUCCUUUGUCUCCAUCAUGUCGGGGAAGCCGGCUCUGAGGGCCCCCGGAGGCCCCUGGACAGCAGCUGUGAUGGUGUGGCUUGUGGCGCUCAGUGUCCCAGGGGCUGAGGGCGGAGACUCUCCACGGGACUUCGUGCUCCAGUUUAAGGCUCUCUGCUACUUCACCAAUGGGACGCAGCGCGUGCGGCUGGUGGUCAGACACCUCUACAACCUGGAGGAGUACGUGCGCUAUGACAGCGAAGUGGGGGAGUUCCGCGCGCUGACCCCGCUGGGGCGGCCUGAAGCCGAGUACUGGAAUGGCCAGAAGGACCUCCUGGAGCGGGAGCGGGCCUAUGUGGACACGUUGUGCAGAUACAACUACCAGCUUGAGGCCCCCGCGACCCUCCAGAGGCGAGUGGAGCCUACAGUGACCAUCUCCCUGGCCAAGACAGAGGCCAUAACUCACCACAACAUGCUGGUCUGCUCGGUGACGGAUUUCUAUCCAGCCCACAUCAAAGUCCGCUGGUUCCGGGACGACCAGGAGGAGACAGCCGGCGUCGUGUCCACUCCCCUGAUUAGGAACGGGGACUGGACCUACCAGGUCCUGGUGAUGCUGGAAAUGACCCCCCGGUGAGGAGACAUCUACACCUGCCGCGUGGAGCACCCCAGCCUGCAGAGCCCCAUCACAGUGGAGUGGCGUAAGGGGCAGUUUCUUUCCUGCACCCUGGGCCCCACAGACAGAGGGCAGACAGCGGCCCCUGGCUGUCCCAUCACAUCCCUACCGCUGAUGUCACUGCUGAGUGGACAUCACAGGACGCUAGGCCACCUCAUUCUGAAGCAGGGGCAUCAGAAGAUUCCUGAUCUCAUUGUCUUUCCAGACACUAAGGAGGUCACUCUACACCAUGACUAUGGCGGCUGGUGACGGGGCUUAGAAUCCAAGGGGCACAGUCUGGAUCCGCCCAGAGCAAGAUGCUGAGUGGUAUUGGGGUCUUCGUGCUGGGGCUGCUCUUCCUGGGCCUGGGCCUUGUCAUCCGUCACAGGAAACAGAAGGGGCUCCUGCACUGACUCCUGAAGGUAUGUCAUUGUGCUUGGUUUUCUCUCCUCUGAAAUGGGUGCCGAUCUUUGCCCAGAGUUCCAGUUAUCUAUUCACCUGUCCAUCUCUGAGAUCAAGCCCUACAGUCACUCUGACAGUCCUCAGGUCACCUUGUGUGACCCUCACCCCAAGGAUGGUGCCUCCUGCACUGACUUCAGAGUCUCUUCCUAUUCCUGCCGAAGUGCUUUUCUGUUUCCAUUCUCUCCUCACAGACUGUUCAAGAAAAGCAUAUUGAACUCAAUUACCUACCUACAGAGCUUUUUUAUCAUAACUAAACGUAUUGUGAGUUAUCUGUAUCCUGAACCUCCUUAAAUGAGCAGAGGUAGGAAGCCACUCCAGAAUGAAAGCAACAUAUUUUGAGGUGACCCAGCCAGCCUGGGAUCAGACGGAGGGGUUUUGCCUUGAAAGGAGACUAGAAGCAUCUUGGGGUGCCACGCAAGGGUGGGAAGAGGGGACAGAAAAUAAUUUUAAUCAUCACAUCCUUCAUGAUUCUUUAGUAUUGAUGUUGAGUGCAGUGGCCUUAGAACUGCUGCCUCUCUUCCAGUUUGGGGAGAAUUCUGUAACUAAGCAUGUGAAAUUGUUGCAUUCUGAUACAGUGACCUCUGGCCACUGAGGUUUCAGAUACAUCCUGGCAAGUCACAUUGGCCAAGGUCAAUUUUUAUUUUUGAGAAAGUAUAAUAAGCAAUAAAAGUACUAUUUUUGGUUUUAAAUGAUAGAAAUCCAACACAAAUUUACUUUGUUCAUGUUACCUGGGGUCAAGUUGACUUCAGAAGAGACAAGAUCCCUCAGGAGUUUGACCAUGAAACCAGGAGUUUGGUUGCUCGCUAUGAUGUGCACUGACUACCAGGGGAUGGCACAGAAUGAAAGAAGGCCCCAGCCAGCAUCCAGAAGGAUCUGAUCGGCCCUGAUCGCUGGCCAGGUGUAAGCACCCUACCUGUGCACUAAUUUUGUGCACUAGGCCUCUAGUUUAAAAAUAAAUGGCACCAUGGACCUGGCGACAACAAUCCAACAUUUGGCUUCUUCCAAGUGGGACAUAGGCCCUGCCACCAACCUGGAGCGACACCCCACCAAAUUGCAGCCAACACUGUCAAGAACCCAUGGUGCAAAAUGUGGCCCACAGCCCAGCCCAGCCUGAAACAGUCACUGUGGGCACCAGGUAAUGACAUCACAUAGCUACGCCCGGAUUCCUCUCCCUAACGACUAGCCUCCUUGCAGUUUCUUCAGCCAGGAAUCUGAUUUACUUUAUAGCCAGGUGCAAACAUUUUACAGUUCAACCAAAUACCUGUGAAGCUUAUCCCCAAGCAUCAUUUCAUUUGAUCCUCACAGAAGUCCUCGAGUAGGUAGAUAGAGACUUGGUAGAAUCCUAUUUUCUUUUUAUUAGCCAGAAAAAU